CAAAAUGUUAAUGCCAUUAUGCUUGCCUACAAAGCGAGAUAAUAAUUCAUUAACAAGCUGCGCAAAGUAAAUUCAAACAGUAUUGGUCAUGAAUUAUACACUGAAUGACAAAGUUCCAGUUCCAGUUUAAAAAGAAGUUCCGUAAAUGGUUGCACAUUUACGGAGAAAUUAAAUGGACGCAAACCGAAAUGCGCUGUUUUAUUAUUUUGCCGACAUCGCACGCACGUGCGAUGUGUUGAUUUUAGUGCUGUUUAGAAGCCAACCCGUACCCAACAUUGUGUAUUACUUGCCGCAAUGUGAAAACAAAAAGCUGCGCGGUUCGAUUUUCGUCACUAGGUUGUGAAAGAAUGUUCCCGUGCAACUCUAACUUCUAAAUUUCUUCGGCGUCACAACUGAAGACGUCAGACAGCAAAUGACAACGCAAUCGAGAGAUUUUAAUGGCCUCAGUGACGUCGGAGAUUUUGGGGUGGGAUAUGAAGAAUGGAUAAAACAAUGUAGAGAUUCAGGUGCGUCUUUAAGAAGCAUGGCUGUUCAAUUUGCAUCAUUAGAAAACGCCAAGCAAAGCCACGGUUAAGAUCGAGUUUCAACAGCUGUCUAAUUAUUGACGAAAAAUGUGCCGUUCAACCAAGAGCGUACGGUUGAUGUUUAUCAUUGCUGCUGGCCUUGUAGUGUUUGUUGCGCGUCAUCCAGCUCUCGUUGAGGGCCUUGAAGAGAAAGAAGAGAUCGUGGACGAUUUUGACAGCGGCAUUGUUAACUAUUGGCAAGGCUACGGAAAUGAUAAUUCGUCCACCAUUUGGUGUCUGUCGAUGCAUGGUGAUCCAGCUCCAUUCGAUUUGGAAUCCAUUCGACCACCUAUGGAAGAAAAUGGAGGAGGAUUCAUAGAAGUUGUUCCAUUCUCCGACUCACCAGCUCAAAUCUUUACCCACGUGUUCGAUCUAUUGCCUGGUGCAACUGCAGAAUUGACAUACUGGAACCUCAUUCCUUUAACGGUGUUAGGACGACACACGGUCUUGAUCCUCUACACUGAAUUUGUAGACAAUAUCGAAGAUCAGGUCGAUGCUUUUCAGAGAUCUGUGCAAGUUUUUAGAGCACCAACGCCUACUGAUCCUUCACCUGGCUGGACUACGGUUACUGUGGACCUUCAAAUCAACCAGCCCUCUAAAGUUCAGCUGCGUUUGGAUGGCAACAGAGCUGAGUUGGAUGGCACUGGUCUAGCUAUUAGUAAGAUCGUCAUUAAGAACGGGGAAGAUCGAAGCACAACUUCUACAUCAACGACGACAAUGAUGUCUACAUUACACGACAUUAGUUCGUCAACAAAAGAAAGUCAAACGGAAACCAACAGCACCAGUAUCACAACUAUUACGUCUUUUCCAACUCCAUCGAAAUUUGAUGUGGAAAAAACGACUACAGAAAUUUCAACAACUUCGACAACUUUACUACCAAUGCCAACAAUAUUACCAUCAAUAUCUCCGUCAACUACAACGUCAACAACAUCAUCAACAACAUCUCCGUCAACUACAACGUCAACAUCAUCAUCAACACCUCCGUCAACUACUACGUCAACAACGUCAUCAAUAACAUCACCAUUAAUAACAUCAGCAACUUCAACAACAACCUUACCGUCAAGUACAAUAUAUUUGCCUUCGUCCUCCUCAACAUCAACGUUGAGUUCGAUGGCCGAAACAACAUCUUUGAACAAUGAAAAUACGUCCACUAGCUCCAUUACAUCAGUUGUUUCUACCUCCUCAUCAAGUACAAAGUCACCUACCACCGGCACCAGCUAUUCUGAAUCCACUACAUCCGGAAGCGAAAGUACAACCACCGUUUUCACAUCCCUGAGGUCUUCAACUACCACGAUGCCAUCAAGUAAUACCAAUUCACUGAGCUCGACCAUGUCUACAAUGGAAACUACUCCUUCACCAACUACGGCGCCAUCUGGACUGACGUCAGCACAGUUACGUGGAAUUGCUAUUGGUGUCAGUCUUUCUAUUAUUUUACUUGUUUUAUCCUGCUUGUUAUUUGGUUUCCUCUACCGACGCCAUCGACGCCGUGUCUAUCUUAUUGAGAAGUCACAGCUGGAGGCUGGUACGAUUCGCCAAUUGGAACAACCGGAUUAUAUUCCUUCAAGUCCACACAAAGCUGAUCUUGAUAGCCGUUCAAUUUCUUCAACUACUUCAUCCAAUGCUCCUCUUGUCCCGUCAGAAGUUUCCCCGCCCAUUUCUCCUCUGAGCAUAGCAACUUCUACAAGAUGAACUGAAAUUUCAUUUAAAAGUUUACCAUUUCGAAAAUAUGUAUUAUAUGUCAAUCUCUAAUCCUUUGUUAUUAUACGUGCAAAAUAUAUACCGACAUUAUUAUUAA